AUUUCAUUUUAGUCGAGUCAACAUCUAAAUUUUUUAAGCAUUUCGUUGUGAUUUCUUACUACGAUGAAGUUUAUAGUGAAUUUUUACAUUUUCCUCAUUUUAAUCACGUCCGCAAUGUGCAAUCAGCAGCAUACAAGUGAUGCGAGGACUCAACGUCAACAAUUAGUACGAAAACAUUUUAAGCAUUUGCAGAAGGAGGAAGGCGCCAUACGACUCGUUGGUGGACAAAGCGAUAACGAGGGAAAUAUUGAAAUUUUUCAUAACGGACGAUGGGGAAAUAUUUGUGAUGAUGAAUGGGAUAAAUAUGAAGCAGAAGUCAUUUGUCGACAAUUGGGAUUUAAGAAAGGCGGCAAAGCAACACACAGUGGCGUGUUUGGGAAUGCUCGCCGUAAAUUUUGGAUGGAUAAUUUAUACUGCAAUGGAAAAGAAAGGGAGAUUUCUGAUUGUCGUUUUGAUGGAUGGGGAAUCAGUGACUGUGAUCAUUCUGAAGCAGCAGGAGUUAUUUGUAACAUCGAUAAAAAUGAAACAAUUAUCGUUGAAAAAGUUGUAUUGAAAAAACCUCCAAAAUUUAUGUAUCAAUCGAAAGAGCAGAUGGAGAUUCGAUUAAUCGGAGGACGAGUUCCAGAAGAAGGACGCGUUGAAGUACGUUUUGGAGGAAAUGGUCCCUUUGGUGAUGUAUGUGCUGAUGGAUGGUCUCUUAUUGAAGCAAAUGUAAUUUGCAAGGAGCUGAAUCUAGGUUAUGCUAAUUUAGCAUUUCAAACUGAUUAUUUUGGUGGUUCAAAUGGAACAAACGUUGUAAUCAGUGGAACUGAAUGUUUAGGAAAUGAAACAAAAUUAUCUCAAUGCAAAUUUGAUGGAUUUGGUAGACAUACAAAAUGUCAUGGAAAUAACAAUCAUGUUGCAGGUGUUUCCUGUAUUCGAACUAUGCCAGAUUUAGUCAUCGAUGCGACUGAGCUAGAAGUGACGACACAUCUGGAAGAUCGACCUCUUUAUUUUCUAACAUGUGCUAUGGAAGAAAACUGUGUAGCGUCUCAAGCUUAUGAAAUACAAAAAGAAAAUCCAAAUUGGCACAUCGAGACACGAAGAUUACUAAAGUUCACAGCAAAAGUUCUUAAUAAUGGCACUGAUGACUUCCGCCCGCAUAUACCGAAAAACUUGUGGGAAUUUCAUUUGUGUCACAUGCAUUAUCAUUCAAUGGAAGUGUUUGCUACAUUCGAUAUUAUAAAUGAACAAGGUGAAAAGAUGGCAGAGGGACAUAAAGCAUCGUUCUGUUUGGAAGAUAAUCUCUGCAAAGAUGACAUUCAGCCGCGUUAUGCAUGUGCCAAUUAUGGAGACCAAGGCAUUUCCGUUGGAUGCUACGACAUUUAUAAAUAUAACAUUGAUUGCCAGUGGAUCGAUAUUACGGAAAUUGAGUUUGGUGAAUACACAUUCAAAGUAUCCAUCAAUCCGGAACAUAAAGUUCCCGAGAUGACGUACGAGAAUAAUGCCGCAACAUGCAAUCUAUUAUAUACACAGCAAUUUGCAAAAGUGUAUGGUUGUAAAGUCGGUCGACCAUGAAGUGGAGAAACGAAUUUAUUUUUUUGAUGUGCUAUAAAUAGUAAAUAAUGUUAGUGAAUGUAGAAAAGAGGAUUUAACAAAAAGUAGAUCUACAUAA